UUCGAGGUGGAGGCAGUCAGUCUGCGAAGGGAAAACAAGCGAGGACAGGUCGGGCACCACUUGCCCAGCCCGUGUUUUAAACGAAGGAAAACUGGUGGAGGAUAUGUGGAUGUGAGUGGGCUUUUCGUCACUUUCCCGCGGGCUCGGUUACUUCUCGUUCGGCUCUCGGGCCGUGGCGUGUUGAGCGUGUCGCUGUUUUGCCCAUUCUCUCUGGAGUGAACACUCAGUGCGGGUUAUUGUUGCUGUCUCUAACUCCAGCCCUUCAGAGCCAUUGGCCUUCAGCUUGCGUCCAUCGUGCCGGAAUCAGGAGGACUCCAUGAAAGAUGACAGAGGAGGUGAUUGUUGUAGCCAAGUGGGACUACAUAGCCCAGCAGGACCAGGAACUUGACAUCCGUAAAAACGAGCGCCUCUACCUCCUGGACGACUCGAAAACGUGGUGGCGCGUCCGCAACACCGCCAACCAGACGGGUUACGUGCCGUCGAACUACGUGGAGCGCAAGAACAGCCUGAAGAAAGGCUCUCUGGUGAAAAACAUCAAAGACACCCUGGGUUUGGGAAAGGGUAAGAGGAAGACGAGUGCGCGUGAUGCCUCCCCUACGCCGAGCUCAGACACGGAGUACCCUUCCAACGGGGGCGGAGGUGUGGUCGGCGCCGCAGAGCGGGUCUUCGACCUCAACAUCCCUGCUGUGGUCAAGUUUGCGUACACGGCAGAGAGAGAAGACGAGCUGACUCUGCUCAAAGGCUCCAGGGUGGUCGUCAUGGAGAAGUGCAGCGACGGCUGGUGGCGUGGCAGUCAGGCCGGCCGCGUCGGCUGGUUUCCCUCCAAUUACGUCCAGGAGGAGCUCAUGGGGGUGGACGACAAAGAUGGGGAUUCCCCGCGAAGUUACCUCGGCGAAACUCUGCUGGCCAAUGGCCGCGCCGGCGGCCGGGGCGUCGUCCUCCACCUGGUCCAAACGCUCUACCCCUUCAACUCGACGACCGAGGAGGAGCUGAACUUUGAGAAAGGAGAAAUUAUGGAGGUGAUAGCGAAGCCGGAGAACGACCCAGAGUGGUGGAGGUGCAAGAACUCUCGCGGCAUCAUUGGCCUGGUGCCUAAAAACUAUGUGGCGGUGCUGGACGAGCGACCCGGCCCACCCUCCACCACGUCGGGCUCCCCUCAGGGCCGCUAUAUCGGACCGGCGCGCUCGGGGAAGUUCGCCGGCAGGGACUGGUACUACGGCAACAUCACCAGACAGGAGGCUGAGUGCAUACUCAACGAACGGGGAGAGGAGGGCGACUUCCUCAUACGAGACAGCGAGUCAUCGCCCAGUGAUUUCUCCGUGUCCCUGAAGGCGGUGGAGAAAAACAAGCACUUUAAAGUGCAGCUGUCAGACGGGGCGUACUGCAUCGGCCAGCGCAGGUUCAGCUCCAUGGAUGAACUAGUGGAGCAUUACAAGAAGGCCCCCAUCUACACAAGCGAUCACGGAGAGAAGCUGUACCUGGUGAAGGCGCUGCUGUGAUCUACACACCUACACUGGAUCUCUCACACACACACACACACACACACACACACACACACACACACACACACACACACACACACACACACACACACACACACACUAUCCCUAACUGUCUUAACCCAAGCCUUAGCUCUGGUCCCCUCCCGCUGUGGCGUCUGUACCACAUCCAGAUCCUCAGAUCUCCUGGAUUGUUUUUUUUUUUUCCAAGUGAAAACCAGACGAACUUUUUUUGUUUGCUUUUCUGGCUCAUUGCUGUUUUUUAGAGACGACCCUCAGACAGCCAUCACUGAGCCACACGGCGAACACAGUGUGUACCGAGCCUCUGUCAUCUUGGAUGUGCUAACAUGCAGUGACCACAUUUGCUGCUAACAGAACGCCUGAGGCCUUGUCGGGGGGUUGAGCUCUCCCUGUGAUGUCAUGCGUAACGUAUUCUUACUAGCACGCACAUUGUAAGUUCCACCAUUGCUCUUAACUCACCCAGGAGAGAACCGACGUUCGUACCGGUUCAAAGAGGGGCUCGGACCUCAGUGGAGCCUAACUCUGUCACGUCUAAUCGCUGCCCAUGUUUCAUUUAGUCUAUCAAGACCCACUUGUUAGUGAACUCACUUUUUAUUAUUAUUUUUUUUAAAAGCUUAUUUAAAUUUGUUCAAGUUUUGUAGUUACUUUCUCACAAAGUGACCAGAAUCACUCUUGCCUUUUGUUUUCUAAUCUUCACCAUUCCUCCACCCACUUGUUUUUGUCUUUUGUUGUUGCAAUGCGACCAUUUUCUGUUUCUACCGAACAGUUAAUUGCUAGUGAUACUUUAAAUGUGGACAACAACACUCACUGUAGUAUUUCUACCAGGCGGUGCAAUAGAGGAGACCUCAGAGUUCCUGUAGAGUUUGAAUGUUGAUCCAUGUAACCAAACGUGCCACCCUGUACCCGUUUACUACUGGCUCCAGGUCUUCACUGCACUCUCAGACUAACCCACAGCUCAGUGCUCACGCUUUAUAAUGCGUCGAGUUGAACUUAUCGUUCUCCAGUACGUGUCUGUAGCUACAUGAGGAAGAAUAACAAUAAAAUCUUUUUUGUUUGUU